GCCAGUUUCAUUUUCAAGAGAGACGUCGUCGCGUAGAGAAGCUUAAACCAAAGCGGGCUGCAACAAGUUGUUUCGUUAGCCUUCAAACAGUUUAUACAGGUGAAUCAGACAAGCUCAGCUGCACUCCCGGGCGUACAGCGCGUGAGAAGAGCGAUUGUUUCGGGGAACAAAACUCACAAACGCCAUAUUUGAUUUUUAAACGCUUGCGUAUGUGUUUUGACUCAACUGUGUAAAUCGGGAGCGUAAUUCUAGUGCGUUGAACGCCUCUCACGGGAUUUACUCGAAUCCAAACAAGAUUAGUAACGAAAAUUCAAUUGUCAGAGCCAGAGAGUGGGUAUUUGCUCAACCCGCGAUGGACGUGUUGGUGUGAACCCGUUCGAGAACGAGAACGUGUACGAGUAGAUCGCAGUGCGCGGCAAAUACUAUACCCUUACCUAAGCGAAAAAUUCUCUUGCAAACGAACUCAAAAACAUAACGACAAGCUUUCGCAUAGCCCAAAGUAAAACCAGAAAAUCCACAUUUUUUGAGCUGUCCUCAGCUCUUUUCUUAUCGAUUCGGAUUUAACGCAGCUUAAAAGAAAAAGUUAAAUUUUCGUCUUUAGCUAUAGUAAAUCCUAUUAGUAAGUCCGAUAUUUGGCCAUAAUGGGUGACUCCACACCCAUAUGCCGAUGCCGUGUCCUUUACCUAGGCAGCGCCGUUCCGCGCCAGAGCAAGGACGGUCUGCAGGGCAUCCAAGAACCGCUGCGCAGCCUUUAUCCUUCGGAGGGGGCGGUGGGAGCUAAGGGCAUUGACAGCUGGCUAAGCGUAUGGUCGAACGGCAUCCUGCUGGAAAACGUGGACGAAAACCUUAAACAGAUUACGCGUUUUUUCCCGAUUGAGUCUCUGCACUAUUGCGCCGCCGUGCGCCAGGUGCUUAUCCCGGAACGCGGCAACGCCCAUCCUGAGCCAAAGUUCCUGCCGCUCGACUCGCCAUUCGCUCGGAUGCCACGCGCGCAACACCCACCUAUUUUUGCUGCCAUUUUGCGGCGCACCACGGGCAUUAAAGUGCUUGAGUGCCACGUGUUCAUUUGCAAGCGCGAAGCGGCCGCAAACGCAUUAGUCAGGUGCUGCUUCCACGCCUAUGCCGACAACUCGUAUGUCCGCCAGUUGGAGACAGUCGGAAACAGUAGUGCCUAUGGCACACUGAAAAGCGCUGAUGGUAUCCAUUCCAAUGCCGAUCUAAACAGUGCGGGCCCUGCCGAAGUAGUUGUAAAUGGUAGUGGUGCCAACAAUCACUAUCUUUCCGGACAAGGCGGUUGGAGAUCGCAGCCGGGAAGCACCACCACCCUGAAUAGCCUGGAAAGGGCUUCCAACGGCCACGCCAGUGGAUCAGCAAUAGGCAUGAACGGGAGCAGCACUGGCAGCGCUGCUGAAGGAUACACGUCCGUCAAAAAUUUUUGCGACAGCAGCGCUGACAUUAACGUGACAGUCGACGAUGGAGAUACAUUUUACACUGACGACGAGAACCAUAAAGUGUGGAGUGGCUCACAGGACCAAUUGGACAGCAUAGGGCUCCUAGAGAGUCCUUAUGAUCACUUUGGGGGACACACUUCAACUUUGGGGAGACAACUUCGCGCGCGGCAAAUCAGCACACCUAUUGAUGUGCCGCCACCGCCGAUGAAGGAGGAACGAACCACUAAGCGGGACAAAAUAAUAUCUAAGUCCACCCAGAGCCUCUCCGGCACCCUUAUCCGACCUAAACCCGUGCACCCGGCGGCUCUAAAACUCACCGCUUUCCAGGGGCCGGCCGAACACGCCAGUAUGAUUUACGGGCCUAAUUCCGGACCCGGAUCGCACUCCGCUCGCUACCACACAAUCAGCCACCGCGGUUUUUACCCGGCUCCAACCAAACACCUGGCUCAACACCCUCAGUCCCAUUCCUCACAGCAACAGAUUCAUAUGAUGCACCACUCCAAUGUCGGUGGUCUAUCGCCUAUGCAGAUACCCGUAAUGAUGGCUAGGCAGUACGCAACUCUUCAGCUAUCGCGCCAUUCUAGCAAAAAAAAAAAAAAAAACUAAAAAAAAAUGGUGCUGGGGGGUGGAGUUCCCGUGGGCAUGUCGAUUGUACAGCCCGCAUUCGCCUACCAACAGCAGGGUAUACGAGUCCCAUCCCCCCAGAUGGUCACUUCCCUUAUUGGAGAGCCACGUGCAGUGGGCCCCACCAGCCGCAAGAUGGCGACAUCGAUAGGCAACGGACUGGACGACUCUGGAAACUCAGGUGCCGAAUCGCCUUCACCCGGUGGCACUGGAAUCUAUAAGCGUAAAGGGCACCUCAAUGAAAGAGCCUUUAGCUACUCUAUACGUCAAGAGCAUAGGAGCCGCAGCCACGGAUCAUUGGCUAGCUUGCAGUUUAAUCCGCCUGACUUAAAGAAGGAGCGCGAGAUUGCCCAAAUGGUUGCAGGUCUUGACUUGAACGAUGGUCCAAAUACGCUGCAACGUAAACAGGUCAUCACAAUGCCAAAUGGCGGAGGACAGGGUCAUGGAGCUGUUCAGCAUCCGCUCGCUUGUCCUCCGCAUCCACAUGCCAUUUACGGCCCACUGGGGCCUUCCAGCAGCUUCGGAAAGCCACGAAGAUAAGAGUGAAUGAAAUCUGUCUACAAUUUUACUUUUGGGUUGAUCUGCUAACCAUGAAGCUUACAAAUAGAUAUAUUUACACAACGUUUAGCGAUGCUGGUCAAAUUAAAUGAUGAGCCCGGAAGAAAACAUUGUUUAAUGGUGUUAUACAUUGGAUUGAAAAAAGACUAUAGCUGUAUAGCUCAUCGGAGUUCUUGGAAACGACUCCCACGCGGAGAUCAACUCUACAUUAAUGAAUAUGUGUGCCUUAUUAAGUUUAUACGAUAAGUACAUUAACCAAUGUAAAGCGUAGUAUAGAUAAUAAAAUGAGUACACUAUCCGACUAUGUGGCGAUCACAAUUACAAUGAUCUAUAGCCAGGUCUGUCGUAAUCGAGAAGCCUGAGAUCUAUUAUUCAAAUAUGCUAUUGAAUAUGUAUAUACAAUAAAUAUAAACAAUAAACUUUUUCUAGCCGAAA